GGUUAUGCGAUUGUCCCUCCUUUCUGAGUACACGUGUGUGUACACUUUGUACGAAACUUAAAGUAAAUAUUACAAAAUGGGUAAAAUAACGAAAUCAAAGGAUGCUUUUCUUUCCUUGAAUGUUAAUGAUGACAAGAAAAAACGAUCAGUCAUAAAAAAUAACAAGGAAGGAACUAGAAUUUCACGACGGAGAAGAAAUGUAGAAGCUCUUGCUUCAACUAGAGGUUUAAUUUAUGUCGGUCACAUUCCCCAUGGAUUUUAUGAAGAAGAGAUGAAGGAAUACUUUUCCCAGUUUGGCCGUGUCACUAAUGUUAAAGUUUGCCGAUCAAAAAUAUCAGGAAAGAGUAAAGGUUAUGGUUUCAUUGAGUUCUCCACCCCAGAAGUGGCCAAUAUUGCAGCAGAAACAAUGAACAAUUAUUUGAUGUUCAAGAAGCGUGUAGUGGCUCUAUUUAUACCUUACGAAAAGAGACCACCAUUCCUUUUCAAUUCAUUUGUUCCAAAAAAAUUGUUACCUGGUAAAUUCAGACGGGAGAGGCAUGUGUUGUCCAAGAACAAGAGGCUUGAUGAUAGCGCCAUUUUGAGGAAGAAAACACUCGUAAUCUCCAGAUUGAAAAGUAAAUUGGAGAAAUUGAAGAAGAGGGGAAUAGAGUGUGAAAUUCAACCUUUAGAUUAGUCAAACGUUAAUAUUGAAUGUACAUAUGUAAAGGAAGGAAUAAAAAUUGGCAAUUUUUUCUAA